AUGGCUUCUACAGCUAGUCUGGAAGAAAAAUUCCAUGCAGCUGUAAAAGCUAUUCAACGCUUACCUAAUGAUGGUACUUUUCAACCAUCUAAUGAAAUGAAAUUAGCGUUUUAUGGUCUUUAUAAGCAAGCAACACUUGGACCGUGUCAAGAAGUACGACCAUCUAUUUUCAACUAUGUCAAUCGAGCAAAAUGGGAUGCGUGGGAUAAAUGUCGAUCGAUGAGUAAAGAAGCGGCUAUGUCAGGUUAUAUUGACGAAAUUCGAAAAAUUCUUGAAACUAUGCCACAAACUAAUGAAGUGUUAGAAUUCACGCAACUGAUCGGACCUUUCUAUGAAUUUGUUGAUGAUCGCACAGAGCAGAAUGGUCCAAUUGUAUCCGUGAAGAAACGAUCUCAUCACGCAAAUGUAAAUAACAAAAAGUCACAACUAACUGAACCGUAUACCAACGGAUUUAGUGAUAGUGACCAUCAUGAACAAUUACUUGUUCAUUCAAAUGGUCUAACUCAUAACUUAGUUUCAGCUGGUAAUGGUCGACCACCGUCUUCAUCACCCUCAUCUUCCUCUUCGUCGAUCUCUUCGUCGGACGUUGACGAAGUCUAUGAUGAUCCUCCUGAUCGAUUUCCUCUCACCAAUGGUCUAUCGAAUGAUGAGCUGACUUCUAGUCACAACAAUCAUUUCACCGAAAGCAAUGCACCUUCGUUACAUUCUAACAUUCCACAUGAACAGUCAUCCAAUAGUACGACACGACAUCAUCCACAUGUAUACGGUGGCCAAGAUGGCUCAAGUCUUCCUGUGCAUCACUCAAACAGAGGAGGACAUCAUUCAAAUGAAGCACGCCGGUCGUCAACUCAUCCUCAUCAGCAGCAGCAUCUAUCGAUGGAUGGUGCCCGCUAUUCACCCUCGUCUGUUGCAUCCGGUGGUGGAAGUGGACGACAUCCAGACAACAGUUAUAACAAAGAAACACAACGUGCGAUUCUAACAGCACUAACAAAACUUCAGCGCGAUGUUAAUAAUAUUCUCGAACGACUUAAUCGAUUAGAAACAUCAACACAUUUUCUUCAGCAAAGAGAGCUAUCUGCACAAUUAUGUUCUUCUACUCAAUCGAACCCUUUGACUCGAUGGUUACCUUUAUCUGGUCUACGUCGGCGCGCUAUCGCAUUCAUUUUGUUAUGGCCGUUUUUUGUCUUUGCGUUGAUUCGACUUUUUCUUCGUGCACGAAUUAUCAUACGUUUCCGACAACCACGCCGAUGA